UGCAGUGGAUGGAAGCUGCAUCGUCGUUUGUUUCCUAACUGUGAUUGUUGUUAAAAGUCUUCUUUUUGAGAGAUCUUGUCUCACAUCACAGAAAAUUUGUUCUUCGAAUAUUAAAGGCAGAUAGCUUCAUCGAGUGUUGGGAUUCACCAUGGCGACGGCAUCGGAGAUUGCUGCUGCCAAAAAUGCACUCAUCCAGUCGACGGCUGGUGCUGUGCCAUUCAUGAACGAAAAGGGCGAGAUGAGCAUGCAGAAAGUGAAAGUCAAACGAUAUGUCACAGGAAAAAGACCAGACUAUGCUCCAGACAGCAGCAGUGAUGAAGAAGAAACUUUGGAGGUUGCUUUUGUUCGCAAGUCCAAGACUACAGCUGGUGUGCCUUCGUCUAAGGAACCUGAUGAGGAGGUCGACUCCAGACUGCGGCGGCUCAGGGAACGUGAGCAGGAGGUGGAGGGAGACGUGGUGGAGAGAAUUGCCAGACACCGCCGCGUUCUAGGUCCUGAGGUCCUUGAUGAGGGGGAACUGGAGCCAGAAGAUGAGGAUGAUGCCGACGAAGAAAGUGAUGACAGUGAUCGUGACUACGCCUCCAGACGUCAGAUGCACGUCGUGCAUCGCAUGGAAGCUGAGGAGAGCAGCUCAGACGAAGAGGAAGAAUUAGACGAAGAGGAGAUAGAGAGAAGACGAGCGAUGAUGAGGGAAAGAGCGCAGGGGCGGGGAGGACCUAAGGAGGACGAGGAGUUGUUAGGAGUUGAAGACGAUGAGGAUGUUGCUGAGAAGGAGGCAGUGGGGGAUGAGGAUGAAGAAGAAGAUUCAGAGUAUGAGGAGUACACAGAUUCUGAGGAGGAGUCGGGACCGAGGUUGAAACCAGUCUUUGUUGCCAGGAAAGACAGAGUGACCGUCCAGGAGAAGGAAAUGGAGGUGCAGAAAGAACGAGAAAUAGAAGAGAUGAAUAAACUGAAGAUAGAAGAACGACGGAAGGAGACACUUAGAUUAGUAGAGAAGACCAAUCGGCAGGAGCUAGAGUUGCAGGCCGAGUCAUCAGUCAAAGACGCCAACUUGGCCAGCGUGAACACGGACGAUGAGAAUGAUGAGGAAGAGUACGAGACCUGGCAAAUACGAGAGCUAAAACGCAUUAAGAGAGACAGGGAACAACGCGAACAAAUCCAGAAGGAGUUAGCGGAGGCGGAGCGUCUACGCAACAUGACGGAGGAGGAACGUCGUAACGAGCUACGAGUCAAUCCCAAGGUGGUCACCAACAAGGCUGUCAAAGGCCGCUACAAGUUCCUGCAGAGAUACUAUCACAGAGGUGUCUUCUUCAUGGAUGAGGAGGAUCAGAUUAUGCAGAGAGACGUUGCCAAGCCAACCCUGGAGGACCACUUUGAUAAGACUGUCUUACCCAAAGUCAUGCAGGUCAAGAAUUUUGGCCGUUCCGGCCGGACCAAGUACACGCAUCUUGUGGAUCAAGACACGACGGAGGUCGAUGCACCAUGGAUGCAGGAUUCAGCGAUCGGCCGUAAAUUCCAGGCCAACGCCGCCGGCGGGAUGAAACAGAGUUUUGAGAAGCCAACUUCGUCACGCAAGGCGGCUUCUACAUAGUGCUUAUUAGUCUUGUGCUAUAUGUUUGAUUUACGUUUCAUCUUCUUUUACGCUGUUCAGUUCAUGAUGUAAACUGUGCCUACCCAGUCAGUCACUAUCUGUUUCUACUAAUUAUCUUCAUCUUUAAGCUCAGAUUCUAUACCGAUAAGCCUUCGUACCAACAUUCAUAUGUUAAGGAUUUCAGUCAAACUACCUUCAAAGUUUGUUGCUGUUCAUAACCCUCCUGCUAUCUGAAGUCACAGUCAAUAUAUCAAUCCUCUUCCCCUGC